AGGAAAUGGGAGGAUAUGUGGCAGCACGGGCCCUCAAUUUGGAGUGGUUCCAAUUUUAACAAGAACGACGGCGUUGCCAUUUUAAUCAAGACCCCACAGGUGGUGGUGAAGGGGAGCACAGUGGUGGAUCGGGAACCAGUGUGUCCAGUGCGCGGGCUCGCUAUAGGUGAGCCCACAACGGUUUGGCGCAACGUGGCCCAUCCUGCUCUCCUGAAUCGGCAUCGGGACCUGUCCUGGAUGGUCGCCCACGAGAUCCUCCCGGUCAGGGCCGUUAUGCACUCACGGGGCAUGGCGAGGACAUCCGCGUGCCCCCGACCAGGCUGCGGCCAAGAAGAGUCGGUGAGGCACAUGCUCUGGGAGUGCAGAGCCGCCAGGGACCUGUGGAAGGAAGCAGGCCCCCUGAUCACCUCGUGUCUGCCAGCAGGGGAGGACCUAACACCUCAGCUCGUGCUGUAUGGGGUGGGCCGAAGGCCCAUUCCAUCGAAGGCCUUCACCAAGCUCUGGCCCACCCUCACGUGCCUGAAGGAAGCACUGUGGUCCUCCCGUAACCUGCUGGUAGCGAAAAACGUAGAGACCACCCCCCAGGCAGUGGCCACGGUAGCCACGGAAGCCCUGGGGUGGUACGGAAGGAAGGGGGCCUCGACCCCAGGCGAAGGGUCCCCCACAACACCCUAGGUUCCUGCGGCCACG